GCCGCGAGCAUGCGCCGUGCCGGGAGAGACGGCGGCUCGGCGGGGUCAUCCCGGCGCAGGCGCAGUGCGGUGUUUGUCUGCCGGACUGACGGGCGGCCGGGCGGUGCGCGGCGGCGACGGCGGCGGGGAAGAUGGCGGCGUCCUCCCUGGAGCAGAAGCUGUCCCGCCUGGAGGCCAAGCUGAAGCAGGAGAACCGCGAGGCCCGGCGGAGGAUCGACCUCAACCUGGAUAUCAGCCCGCAGCGGCCCCGGCCCAUUAUUGUGAUCACUCUAAGCCCUGCUCCUGCCCCGUCCCAACGAGCAGCCCUGCCACUCCCGUUGGUCAACGAUGGGGGCACCCGUUCACCGUCCUCGGAGAGCACCCCACAGCACCCCACGCCCCCCAGCCGGCCCCGCCACAUGCUGGGACUCCCGUCCACGCUGUUCGCACCCCGCAGCAUGGAGAGCAUCGAGAUCGACCAGAAGCUGCAAGAGAUCAUGAAGCAGACGGGUUAUCUAACCAUCGGGGGCCAGCGCUACCAGGCAGAAAUCAGUGACCUGGAGAACCUGGGGGAGAUGGGCAGUGGCACCUGCGGCCAGGUGUGGAAGAUGCGCUUCCGGACUACGGGGCACAUCAUCGCUGUCAAGCAAAUGCGGCGCUCUGGGAACAAGGAAGAGAACAAGCGGAUCCUCAUGGACCUGGACGUGGUGCUCAAGAGCCACGACUGCCCCUACAUCGUGCAGUGCUUCGGGACUUUCAUCACCAAUACGGACGUCUUUAUUGCCAUGGAGCUGAUGGGCACGUGUGCAGAGAAACUCAAGAAGCGGGUGCAGGGCCCCAUCCCGGAGCGGAUCCUGGGCAAGAUGACAGUGGCGAUCGUCAAGGCGCUCUUCUACCUGAAGGAGAAGCACGGCGUGAUCCACCGCGACGUCAAACCCUCCAACAUCCUGCUGGACGAGCGGGGCCAGAUCAAACUCUGCGACUUCGGCAUCAGCGGCCGCCUCGUGGACUCCAAGGCCAAGACGCGGAGCGCCGGCUGCGCCGCUUACAUGGCGCCUGAGCGCAUCGACCCCCCGGACCCCACCAAACCCGACUACGACAUCCGGGCCGACGUGUGGAGCCUGGGCAUUUCAUUGGUGGAGCUGGCCACGGGGCAGUUCCCUUACAAGAACUGCAAGACGGACUUCGAGGUCCUCACCAAGGUCCUGCAGGAGGAGCCCCCGCUCCUGCCCGGCCACAUGGACUUCUCGGGGGACUUCCAGUCCUUCGUCAAAGACUGCCUUACUAAAGAUCACAGGAAGAGACCAAAGUAUAAUAAGCUACUUGAACACAGCUUCAUCAAGCGCUACGAGACGCUGGACGUGGACGUGGCCACUUGGUUCAAGGACGUCAUGGCGAAGACAGAGUCCCCCCGCAGCAGCAGCGUCCUGAGCCAACACCACCUGCCCUUCUUCAGGUAGCCGGGGGGCUGCAGCCGGCCACCCCGGGGGCGGGGAGGCCAGGGGCCCGGCCACGGCCCCCCACCCCGGCCCCCCGGCCCCCCGCCCGCCGCUCCCCCAGCUGGGGGAGAACCGGGUCCGCUGAGGGCUGAGGACAGCACGCGGGGGUGGGGGGCGCCGCCCCUCGUCCCCCCGCCCACCGGCCGUGGACAGACGGGCCACCAGGCUGCCGGCCCUGGGCGCCCCGACAGACACUGUGAAGGGCUGUGAGCAGGCGCCGCACGGACUCGCUAUUUAUUCAGCCGAACCUCGGGGCCCAGGAGAGCGCCGCCUGCGUGCCCGCGCCUUCCCGCCCCGCAGACACGCUGUCUCUGCGCCCCCUCUCUACCUCUCCCUGCCCGCCGGCCCCUGCCCUGGGCGCCCCCUGCCCCAGGACCUUGGGGAGCCGCUGCCCUUGCCGCCGCUGUGCGCUCCUCCCCACCCCUUCUCCUCUCUCUCCCUCUCUCUUCCCUCUCUCGCUCUCGCUCUCUCUGAUCUCAGGGGGUCCUUUUUGAAGUUUAUUGUAUUUUAUUGUACCGGGGGGUGCGGGUGGGGAGCGCGUUCCGGAGCUCGUCGGUACCUUCCGAAACUACCAAAGUCAUGUUGAGCUGCUCGGGAGGGGACGGGGGCGCUGGCCCCGGGGGGGAGAGUCCCCGACAGGCGGGGACCCCGGGGAGCAGGGAGGGGCUUCCCCCUGGGGGCUGGAGACUGGAGACACAGCUUAGGGGUACGGGUGAGUCGAGGAGGAGCUAGCUCAGGGGGCCCGAGGAGGAGCAGCCGCGGCCGCACAGGGGCCCUUCAGGGAAGGAGGCCGGGCCGGGCCGGGCGGCGAGUGGGGGCAUAGCCGGGAGGUGUGGAGGGAGCUGGUGAUGACGGGGGGCCUGGACGCCCUGGGCCGGACCGUUCUUGGAGCAGGAGUGAUGGGUGGGGAGAUGUGUGAGGGUUCAGGGAUGUUGGGCAGGGACAGAGGCAGGACGCGUGGAAGGCUGAGGUAUGUGGAGACAGAUGCGCCCCCCUGAGCACCCCUUGACUCACUGAGACCAGCCCCCCGGAGGGAGAGCCAGGGCCCCGGAGCCUCCGCCACAGCCGAGGGGGAGCUGGGGGGUUUCCUCCCCCCCAUUUUUCGUUGGUGAUGCAUGCAAAUCAAAAGUGGACAACACGUGGAAUAACAAAAACGAAAAGACCCCACGAAACCAGCUGCCACCAGAGAGGCUCGUGGACAAAGCCCGCCUGCCCAGUGACCCCUCGGCAGCCGCGAAGCGCCACCGGCCACACGCUGCAAAAGUCCGAGUCGUGUCUGCUCCAGCCCCGGGGGCUGGGGGUUCUGCAAGCCCCCUUGCCCUGCGUUUCCUGGCGAGGGGCUGUCAUCGGGAGGCCUGGCCGCUCCCCUCAGCCUUGGGGCAGCUGGACACGGCACAGCUGGGCGUGGGGCUGGGCCACAUGGGGUUUGUGGGUUUUUUUUUUUUUUUAACGACAAAAAAAAUUUUAUUGAACUUGAUUUUCUCUUUGGUGAGUGUGUCACCCCCGCCCCUGCCUCCCCCUUCACUAGCCAGCACCCCUGCACCAGGCAGGCUGGGGCCCUUGACAGCCUGGCCGGGCCCACACCCAGGGUGGGGGACCCACCCACAACCCCCUUCUCAGGCCGCCAGUAUUGCUUCCUCGGCCCCUUUUUGAAAGGAAACGCCCUCGUUUGUAAAUUCUUAGAUGCUUGAGAAUAAAGCCCUCCCUUUUCUUCUG